ACGCCGUUCGGUCUCACAAUCACCCUCACUCUGUACACAAAAGCACCCAUCAUGUACUCCUGGGACGAUACAUUCUUCGAGCGCUUGUUGAGCGAUGGCGGUCUCGAAUUUGUCAACAUCGAAACACAUGAAUAGGUUAAGCGUGGCCACACAGAUAUAUGCGAACCUUCACCACCUACAGCCAGGAUCUUUCUCCAGCCCGGGGAGGUCGAGCUUAUUCCGGUCAGAUUCUGCUCUUGCCAACCAUCAAAGUCCAGCGUUGACCUAAGUCUUAUCAUGAACAUUGGGGCUUUGAAGAGUGGUUGCACGUACGAGGUCAAGCUGCCCGCCGGAAAGGCGAUCCUCUACUGGCGCUGGGCUGAGCGCAAGGAUAUCCAAGAACAUCGACAGCCAGCGGUAGGAACUCUCUCGACCGUCCAGUCAGCUGCUGAGGCCGUGCCGAGAUGGUGGGAGGGUGGUGAGGCUGAUACCUCACUGCUUUUGGAGAAGACUUCGUUGCCCGUCUUCGUUGAAGGAGAGGCCGUGAUUAUUGGUUGUGUCGGAGAAGCAAUGCGGUGGCCCAGCGACAAUUUUGAAGUCCUGGGCGCACAACCAGCCAGGAUACCAGAAGCGUUCGCACCGCUUAGCUGGGGAGUACAGGAAGAAGCAACGCGCUCGUCAAGGAUGAGCGCAUGGCUUCAUGGAUCCGGCCUUACCAAAAUCGCGGAUGGCGGAGAAGAGCAUUGGCUUGUACGCAAGAACAGCCAGCUCAACCAUUCAAAUAUGAAACUGCAAUGCAUAACGUAG